AUAUUAAUUUUGUCUUAUUUUGUUAUUUUUCAGUCGUAACUUUGAAAGCGAAGUGGAAGAAUUUAAAAGACUCCUACAAAAAGUACAAAUUAUCUAAAAAGAGUACAAGUGGCCAAGCUGCAAAAAAGCUUCAAAAUUGGACUUGGGCAGAUCAAAUGAAUUUCAUUGAUCCAGCAAUUACAUUGAAUGAGACUCAAGGUAGUAUGGCAUCUCUGAAUGUUGAAAAAGUUAAUUCUACUGACUCUCAAUCUACGGGAGACGUAACUACACAAGACGUUGCACAAGAUACCCGCCCGCAAGAAACUCAAAACGCCCAACAAAUUUAUAGAAGGCAUAGGAGAAGUAAUCCGGAUCCGGAUCCAACAGAUAGAAUGAUCCAGUACUUACAAAAUAGAAGAGAUCGCAACAGAAGUGAAGAUAAAGUUGAUGUAAAAUGUGAUGGAGUAGAUUUAUUAUUUUUGGGAUACGCUGAUACUUUCAAAAAACUAUCAAAGCGAACACAAAUAAAAGCAAAAUUUGAUAUCGCCCGAAUUUUGAUGGAGGCUGAAUUAAGUGAUCUGGAGGCUGUAACUUCUAACAGCAACUCUACUGCAACGGGUAGUUUCAACUACUCUGUUCUAAGUGAUACCACGCAUUCUCCGGCUACUCCAGGAAAUUACUCCAUGAUCAGUGACGCAACAGUUACUGACAAUGCUAAUUAUUAUAUUCUUCCACAAGAGGGCAAUACGGCUAUACCUACUGAUUUAACAACCUCAAAUCAAAAUGAUCAUGAACAAAUCAACAUGUUUCACUUAUCGUAGAGUUAGUAACAUGCCGAAUAUUUUUUUUUGUAUUAAUGAUUAAUAAAUAAAUAAAUAAUUUACUUACCUCAAAGUUAA